AUGCAAACUCAAGGAGAUCAUUCGGACCUGCUCUGCAAGCAGUAUGAGCCCAAGGAAGUCCGACAACGACUAGGCCUGGAGAAGUCAAACUUGGUUCGUUUUGGGUAUGAGCUGAGCAUCGCACCUCACUCUACUGUGUCACAACUUGUUCGGAAAUGUGAGACUCAGGAUGUUGACUCGGUGCACGAGUUCGAGAUCUUCUGCGAGGAAUACAUCCACGCAGAAACAUCCAAGGUGCCCCUAACACCAGACCAACAGGGGACCCUGCCCAUCAAGAAUCUGGAUCCGAGACUCUCGGAGCUGGCAGUGCAGCUUGGAAAUGACCCCAAGGAGCCUGAGGUGUUUCUUCCCAUCUCAUUAGACAACCCGAUGCGGGAGAGCGCAUGGAUCCAUUUGAUCCUGAAGACACCAGAGUUCCACACGCGCGCCGCAUUCUCGAGCAGGCGGCGCUCCGCAUACUACCGCAAGAAGGCCGAGAACAGUGGAAUGUUGUUCACCUCACAGCGCAAGUGCAAGCCUACGCCUAUUCGAUAA